AUGGCAUCGUCAUCGAAGCUGUCCACGAACCUUUCCAACUCAAAGAAACGACCAUUGUCUCGAGAUGCGCUUGUAGAGAGUGAAACUCCCCAGAAGAUUGUUAAGGUAUUUCCCAUCUUCGCAAAACAAAGUCAGCCAUCGUCCACAGCGAGUUUUCAAUGGCUGGCCCCAUUGGGUCCGAAACGCACCUGUUUGCACGGUGUCAAUCUGUCGCCCCGAGCAUCCACGACAGUCGCCGCAUUCGACCUUGAUGGCACGUUGCUUCAGUCUCACAUCUUCAAGAAGAAGAAGUCGCCGUCAGAAUGGAAGUGGUGGAAGGAUGUCGUACCCAAGAAACUCAAAGAGGUACACAAUUCUGGGUCUGCUGUCGUCUUAAUUUCCAAUCAAGCUAUCAGGUCUUCGCAACUUGAGGAAUGGAAGAAAAAGAUCUCACUGGUUGCCUCGGCACUCCCUGACGUUCCGUUUCGAUUACUUGCUGCUACAGCCAAAGAUGGUUAUCGAAAGCCUAUGCCCGGUAUGUGGUAUGAGCUUGAACGCGUGUUCAAAGCCGAAGGUGUUGAAAUAGACAAAGCCACUUCUUUCUAUGUCGGUGAUGCCGCAGGUCGUCCGAACGAUUUUGCUUCAACAGAUAGGAAGUUUGCGCUGAAUGUCGAACUGCCGUUUCAUACACCGGAGGCUUAUUUUCUCAAUCUUUCCGAGGCUUCCUACAAACUACCAGGCUUCAAUGUAUCGUCACUCGAAUCAGUGCCACGCAUUUUGCCCGUAGGAACAUCUAUCAUUCCAGCAACCGCGGCGUCUUUCCCUGAAAUAGUUCUCUUUGUUGGCUUUCCUUGCAUCGGCAAAUCUUCGUUCUAUAGGCAGCACUUCAGAACUGCGGGGUAUGCUCACAUCAACCAGGACACGCUAGGUUCUCGUCCGAAAUGUCUCAAAGCCGUAGAUGAGGCAAUUAGAGCCGGGAAGAGUUGCGUCAUCGACAACACUAACCGGGAUGUGCAGACCCGGAGGCAUUACAUUGAACUAGCGCGGAAAUCAGAUGUAAGAAUAAGAUGUUUUUAUUUUAGAGGUUCGGUGGAAUUGGCAUGGCACAACAACCUCUAUCGGGCUUUUAAUUUACCUGCUUCUAUUGCAUUACAUGAGCCACACAGAGAUUUUCUACCUUACAUGGCAUUUUCAAGUUUUGCAGAAAAGUUUGAAGAACCAAAAGAAAGUGAAGGUUUUCUUGAAGUUAUCACAGUUAACUGGCUUUUUGAAGGUAGUAAGAAUGAACAAAGAAAUUGGAGCAUGUGGUUACAGAUUGAUGGAAAGUAGUAUAACUUUUUAUAAGAGUAGUGACCAUAGUUUGUAUAUUCCUAGGGCUUUGUUACCAUAAUAUUAGCCCUGUGCUUACC